AUGAGGACCCAGCUGCUGUGGCUGCUGCCUCUGCUCCUGCUGGCACAGCCAGCCCAGGCGCUGAGAUGCCAUGAGUGCUCCGCGAUGGGGAACUGUGUCCGGCCCACGACUUGCCAAGACGCCACCCGCUACUGCCUGACCACGUGGAACAGUCCCCCAGGCCAGAGAACGUUUGUUAUCAAGUCCUGCGCUUACACCUGCCCUGGCUACCAAGAAAGCCUGGCUUACUCCAGGGCCUCCUGCUGCAACACGGAUCUCUGCAAUGGCGCUGGGAGCCCCAGGGCCCGCUGGGGGCUGCUGGCCCUCAGCCUCGGCAUUGCCUACCUCUGCACGUAG